AUGGCCUACAGUAGUAUUCAGGUUGAGUGGUGUGACUACAAGAAAUAUCUCGGGGACUAUUUCAUCCGCAAUGCUGGCCAAGUUGCCAUUCUUUGUGCCAAACAGAAGCCUGAGACAGUUGGAGAAGGCGUUGCUGCCGAAUAUAAUGACCUGCAUGCUGCAGCCAACCUGGUAAGUGUAUCAAGCUUGAGAGAGCUUCUCAGGCGCUGCCGAGAUUACCUCACUCCUGAAGACAUCCACUUGAGCAAAGAUAUCAAGAAUCAUGCAAAGCAUCUGAUCGGAUCAGAGGGUGAAUCUUCUGUUGCAGCUGCGGGCAUGGUGUGUAUCGCGAAGGAGGCUGACCUGAUUUUUGAGUUGUUGACGGGUUGCUCUGACUGGGACACCACCGAAAUGAUCGCCUUUGGCAAUCAGAUCCGACGGUCUGCCUCAAACCUUAUGCUCUACACAGGUUCUAAAUCUGCUGCUGCUGUCGCUGGCGCCAUGUUGGGUUUGGCAAUCGAGGUUAAGUUAUUUCAUCAGUACUUGAUAUCUGAAGGCCCUCGUGUCUCUGGGUACGACGUUUCUCGUCAGAUCCGCAGAUGUACAGCGGCACUUUUGACCAAGCUUGAGGAAGAGUUGGCUCAGGACACUGCUGGUGAGGAGAAGAAGAGAAAGUUGGAGAAGAAGAGAAAGAAGAAGUUGGAGAAGAAGAGGAAGAGGAAGUUGGAGGAGAAGAGGAAAAAUAAGUUGCAGAAGAAGAUGAAGCUGAACGGGGGAAAUGAGACCAAGCUUAGCUUAACAGUUGCCAAGGACAAGGACUUCGAAGCGAAGCCUCCUUUGCUAUCUGAGCUACCGAAGGCUAAUGGAGAGUGA